AUGUUGAUUCAAUAUUUAAAAGCGAGUCUUGCGUGGAGAAGUAAAUGCUUCGGCAUCCUGAGAAUUCCGAAGUCCUGGAAUCUUGAACAGUUGAUACCCUUCAAUUUUUUUGAGCACGGAGUCACCGACAGGAUUAUGAUCGUCUACCAUAUUUGGCUCGUUUACACCGUUUUAACAAACCCCAGACGAACAGUGAUUGGCCUGAACGCCGAGAGCCGACAUCAAUGGGUCUUCUCUAUGAUGGCUGAUCCACUGAAGAAUGGUGUAUUAGCAGUCCAAACAAUUCGCAACAACAUAAUGGCAUCGACUCUUCUGGCCACAACUGCUAUCACUCUCAGUUCCAUAAUCAGCGUAUUUGUGAGCAGCACUUCAAACACAAACUCAAAUCAGUUAAUCUACGGCAAUAAAACAUCCCUUUUAUCUUCAGUCAAAACAGAACCUAUAAACUAUGUUGCUAGAAACUUGAAUCGUGGAAGCCUGUUUUGGUCUAUUGGAUUGAGAGCAUUUUACUUCUCCUUCCCUCUCUUCUUGUGGAUCUUUGGUCCUAUACCCAUGUUUGUGUGUUGCUGCAUCAUGUCGUUUGUGCUUUAUUUCUUGGAUACCACCACUAGUUUUACUAGAAACCUUCAUAGUUAUUCUAUUAGAGAGAAGACAGAACCCAAUGAAAAUGAGCAGCAUCUGGAAGCUUAA